AAUUUUGAGUAAUAAAAUAUGGCGCACAUUUAGUUGAGUUAGAGUAGAGCUAAUCGUUUUUACGGCCUAUAGUUAAGCGUAUGUUUAUAAUGAACAAUACGAUCAUUCUUCAGUUUAUCUCAAACCAACAUUAGACACAAACUGCGCGAAACUCAAACACAGUUUAAAUCUGGUUCGAACAUAAAACUUGCGUUUAUUAUUCACGCAGAGUACAAAUAGUUAACAACUCCAUAACUUACAAACCUACAUUUUCAGAGAAAAACUUUUCGAAGGAUAGACACUAGACUACACAGAGAGAGGAGUGCUGAUGACGUCAUCUGACAGUUCGAAUAGCACGAUCAAUGCCCUGCUGAGGGCUGAGAAGGAGGCGAAGGGGGUGGUGGAGACUGCGAGGGGGGAGAGGAAGCAGCAGCUGAAGAGGGCCCAGAUGGAGGCCAACGACCACAUCAUCGCACUCAAGGAACAGGCACAGCAGGAGGUUAAAGCUGCGGAUGAUGCGUUCAAAGCCAAGCACGCGGACGACCUGGCGGCAGGCGAAGACGAGACCAAAAUUGCUCUGGUCGAAGUGGACCGACUAGCCGAGGCAAACAAGGAAAACGUGAUCCAGAUGCUGGUCGAAUGGUGCACGAGUGUGGAGCCGGAGCUACACGAGAACCUCAUCAUGCAGAUGCAGGAGGCCGAGAAGAGCAGCUAGGUGACACAGCUGAUCACAUGUUUUGUUUCAGCAUUAAUACGUGGGUUGCGAUUUGAUCACGAGCUGAAAUCCCGAAUAAAACUGAAGAAUGUUCAAUGUGCGCAUAUUGUUUGAGAUAUAUGUAUUGUAUACAGUUUAUUUAUAUAUAGCGAUCAAAUACUUGAUAAAUUGUUUGAGAAUGAGUUCAAACCCAACAAGUGGAAUAGAAAAUUUACCCAAGGUAUUCAA